AUGCCGCAUGGACGGAGCCGGACUUUCAAGAAAUCUGAGCGCGACGGCGGUCGCAAGCUUGAGCAUCAGCCAGCCCCGUGCACCGCCAGUGUAAGGCAUGAGACCGUUUGUCCCCACGGCUUUACACCGCUGCCAAGCAUGCGCCAUUUCGCGACGACACACCACAGCUCAGAACCGUCCAUCUCUCGUGAAAGGUUGCUGACGAGCUGUUCGACACUUCGACUGCUUGAUGCUCGAACUUCGCCAACGGCCAAAGGCAAGCCCCCAGUGCAGGAGUUUGCGUACUCUUUACCAUACGAGCUCGAUGUAGAGUUCACACUUCCUCGGUGGUUGAGCCCAGAUCAAUCUACACGAGUCUUUUUUGUGGCGCUGGACAUGAACUUGAUCAAGAAACACAACCUCAGCCCUCUAUCUGUCUGGAAAGGUGCCAGCAUUGCCGAACGUUUCAUGUGUGUCAAGCCCAUUGAACGCUUGGACUUAAAGAAGGCGCAGCAGACAGUGCAUGGCAUUCCUGUCAAGCCAUGCGUGUUGUCUGGAGGCAAGGCCAGGAUAUUGAUGCUGGUUGUCGAACAGCCAAAAUAUAUCAAGCCUCCGGAAUGGUCUUUGUUGGGCUUGCUGAGCGUGGCAUUGGACAGGUCACCUCUGCAACUGAGUUGCGUGAUGCAACACUCGGAGUUGCCAUUUGAUGAUGCCAUCGUCUGCGGUCAACUUACCCUGGAGGCACCGACCGUCCCUUCUACUCCGGGAGCUUUACACCGCGUCCCGUUGAGAAUAGUCUGCAUGUUGGAUGCUUCUGCAUCUAUGUCGAAACACCAGAGCUCUGUCCAGACUGCAUUGUGUGACAUGCUCCAGUGGCUUGCACCACAAGAUCAGCUGGGAAUUGUGGCCUCGUCCAGUGAUGAUGGAGGAGUCGUGCUCGAGUUAACCCACAUGGAUGACGAGGGCAAGCAACGUGUGGUUGAGGCUCUCGAGGCGGUGCAGACAGGAGAACAUGCUGAUGUCACGCGUGGCCUUGCUCUGGCUUUACAGAGCAUGGAGAACACGUCGGAAUGCCAGGAGGUUUCUGCGGUGUCUGCAAUCGUCUUGCUUGCAUGCGGUGAAGAUGCCCUGCUGCAGGAUCACAUGGACUUUUUGCUCGACCGGUGUGCUGCGGUUCCAUGCAGCCUGUACACCUUCGUGCUGGCAUCAGACGAGAGCAUGGAUGCGCUGCCAGAGCUUGCCCUAAGAUCCAAGACGCCAUUCACAUUCCUCGAGCAAGCACCUUUGCUCCGAGAAGCUCUUGCGAGACUCGUUGGCCUUUUGUCCAGCGUUGUCGCGCAGCAGGUCGAGGUGGUGCUGAAGCCUCGUUUCGAGGUCGAAGACAUACUCACCCCAUUUGACUGCUACUGUAGUGGGAGUGAUCCUUUGACGUGGCAUGUCAAAAUACCUGAUCUGAGCAUCGGCGAGAGAAGGGACAUUCUGGUGAAGCUGGCUGUACCAGCUACAGCUCCGAUGAAAGACGGCAGCAUCACUCUCCUAGAAGCCUCCGUCUCUUCUCAAGGCUACGUCAUGGCAGAGCAAAGCACGAGCCUGCGACGCAACAUCAGCGGUCUUGCAGCCUCUGAAGGUUUGAGUGAAAACUUGGAGGUGCGUGAUCAUUUGGAGCGUCUGGAGGCAGGCAGGGUGCUGGAAGAGGCGGUCUUCGAUGCUGACCACUUUGCCUUCGAGGCAGCUAGGGGACACUUGCAGAGCAAGAGGCGGGAGUAUGGGGCCAUGGUUCCAAGAACGCCUAUGCUCGACCUCUUGGAUCAAGAGUUACAAUCUGCAGAUCAGCACCUCGAGCAUCUGCACUCAGAAGAGUGGAAGUCGUGCCGUCCAAGGCUUUUUGAAGCGAUUCUCAUGCACAGGCUCCAGCGCUCGGUGCUGAGCACAGCACUCGCAGUCGUCCAAGCCUGA